UGAGCGCCAUCUAUUAUUGAAAUGACACAUUAAAUGGUUGCUGAAGGAUACGGUAGAUAGGACAGAUAAUUUCAAAAAUAUUUAUUUUUCUCAAUAUCAAUUUACAUUUAUCAAAAUUCCAUUACGAUUAUUGAGUUUUGAAACUCUCUUCGAUGAAUAUUUCCUGUCACAAGCUCAUUUACACCAAAUAUUUUACGCUCAAAUUUGCAACCAUAUUCUAUUUCUUAUUUAACUAAAUAUCUAAUUAAUGAAAUUCAAAUAUAUUAAACGUUAGUUAACAUAAAGCUUUCAAUAAAAUAUAUAAAAGGCGUGGUUAUUAAAUGGAAAAGACGUAAACAUCAUAAAAUUCAAAACAGUUCAUUUAUAAAAUCAUCCCACUCCACCUUAACUUCUAGUCUUUAUGUUUUUAACACAUUCUUUUUCUUUCAUCUUUUCGUUUUACGCUGAAACUUUAAUAUCAAAGAAAACGUUAAUAAAUUUGAGAUCAAAGAGUUUUUUAUUAAAAUGAAAUUUAUUGUUUUAAGUAAAAAUUUGUGUUUUUUUACUAUGUCUUUAAAAUAUAAAUGGUUAAAAGGUGGUUUGAGUACCCAAAAAUAGCUCGCAUUGCGAUGUCUUGAAGGCGGUAGCCAGUUGCUUUUAGUAUUAAUAUAACACGUACACAUGGUCACGGCUUGCACGAGCCAAAAUUAGAACACCCAUUUUUCAAAAAUUAUAAUACAAUAGAACGAUAUUAAACAAUAAAUUAACACCGUCAUGGAUGCGCUUUUAAUGUUUGAUGUGUUGAUGUAUUUAAAUUUUUUUUAUUAUCCAAUGGCCGCGUUUUACCACCCCAUUAUUAUCUUGGCAAAAUUUUAUUCGCCAUCGGAUGAUGAUACCACGAGGAAUGAUAUUAUCGUCGUUACAGCUAUGAUUUUUACCGAUCUUAUUAAAUUGGGAGUGUACAAGAAGAUUAGGGAAAAUAGAAAAGUGAUCGCCGUUAUUAUUACUAUUUUACUUUCGUCUAUUACUUUUUGUUGUACUUUACACAUUGUUAUUGUACAAAAAAAUCCAACGAAAAUGGAACGCAUUUUUUCAUCGAUGACGGCAACGCUUUAUUUUUUGGAGUUAAUGUUUGGAAUUUUGCAAUUUUUUCCUUGUUGUCAAAAGACUGAAUACAAUUAAUAUAAACAAUUUAUUAUAAAAUUCUAUAUUUAUAUUUUUAUUAACUCAUUAAAUUAAUUUUUUCAA